AUGUCAUCUAUCGGAAGCAAGCUUUCGCUCACUCUCAGUUAUGUGGUGAUAACGCUCGGCAGUCGCACAGUGCACCAGCUCCUCGCACUCGAGCUGCCCCCCGAACUCCAAGAGGGCGGCCACUCCCAGUUCCUCACAAAUCUUGCUCUUUACGUGACCAUCUUCUAUUUCUCGCUCAAUGCUGUGUACCAGCUAUUCGAGAUCAGAAAGCUGGCCUACGCACGCCAGUUUGUCAAUGCCAUGGCCAUCUCGCUGGAAUUCAUUGUCACAUACGUUUACUGGGGUCUUAGACUUGUCAACAAAGACCUGAUCAUGAAAGGGCCGGGGAUCCCGCUCUCUAUUGAUCUCACCAUCCACGCCCUGCCCUUUGCGUCUCUCGUGAUCGACUAUUUCUGUUUCAUGGACCCCUGGACGAUCUCUAAAAAGGAGGCUCUCGUUACCACCUCGCUCAUGGCAGCCGCCUACUGGUGGCACCUCAAACGGCUCAUUUCUGCCGAGGGCCACUAUCCAUACCCGUUCCUAGACGUGGAUGACUGGCUGCGUGCCGUCAUCUUCGCUGUAGUGUCUCUCCUUGCGUUUGCAGCAUUCUGUCUGUUCAAGCAGCUCAGACAGCCGAAUGCCAAUGCCCCGAAGGUGCUCAAGACCAACUGA